AUGUCUGGGCGCGGCAAAGGCGGCAAGGGUCUGGGUAAGGGAGGCGCUAAGCGCCACCGCAAGGUUCUGCGCGACAACAUCCAGGGCAUUACCAAACCCGCCAUCCGCCGCCUCGCCCGGCGUGGCGGCGUGAAGCGCAUCUCCGGCCUCAUCUACGAAGAGACCCGCGGGGUGCUGAAAGUGUUCCUGGAGAACGUGAUCCGGGACGCCGUCACCUACACCGAGCACGCCAAGCGCAAGACUGUCACCGCCAUGGACGUGGUCUAUGCGCUUAAGCGUCAGGGACGAAAAAGUCAAACAGUACUGUGGGUGUGUGGUCAAUCACUUGUCAUGGCUCGCACUAAGCAGACCGCUCGCAAGUCCACCGGCGGCAAGGCCCCGCGCAAGCAGCUGGCCACCAAGGCGGCCCGGAAGAGCGCGCCGGCCACGGGCGGCGUGAAGAAGCCGCACCGCUACCGGCCCGGCACGGUGGCCCUGCGCGAGAUCCGCCGCUACCAGAAGUCCACGGAGCUGCUGAUCCGCAAGCUGCCGUUCCAGCGGCUGGUGCGCGAGAUCGCGCAGGACUUCAAGACCGACCUGCGCUUCCAGAGCUCGGCCGUGAUGGCGCUGCAGGAGGCGUGCGAGGCCUACCUGGUGGGGCUCUUCGAGGACACCAACCUGUUUACUGCGACAACAGCCAUGUCUGGUCGUGGGAAGGGUGGUAAAGGCCUUGGUAAAGGCGGCGCUAAGCGUCACCGCAAGGUUUUACGGGACAAUAUCCAGGGCAUCACCAAACCGGCUAUUCGUCGCCUGGCUCGCCGUGGUGGUGUCAAGCGCAUUUCCGGGCUAAUUUACGAGGAGACUCGCGGGGUGCUGAAAGUGUUUUUGGAGAACGUGAUUCGGGACGCUGUUACCUACACCGAGCACGCCAAGCGGAAGACCGUUACCGCCAUGGACGUGGUUUACGCACUCAAACGCCAGGGCCGCACCCUUUACGGCUUCGGUGGUUGAUCACGGCAUCAGCCGAGACCUCGACGUUUACAAAAAACAAAAAGGCCCUUUUCAGGGCCGCCCACAAACUCGCGGAAGGGCUGUUGGACGUUGCGGAGGUGUGUGAAAGCCAAAUGUCAGAGUUAAUUUCAUAUGUGAAGUAUGGUCGGAAGCUGCAUUAACAACGCAGUUAUCUGAGAUGUAAGCUCCAGGAGGACAGUGACUUUGUCCUUUUCCAAGGAGACAGUCACUGAAGAUGGCCGGAGGAACAAGAACCAGAAGGUGGUCCUUAGGACCAGAAGAGAAAGGGAAGAAAUCCCCUCCUUAGACCAUCCCAAAACUCUGUCUUCAUUCCCUCUGUGGUGAAAAUAUCAAAGACGAGGUCCAGCAUAUGUGGGAGGAUGAAAACCAGGAAAGCAGAGUGUGUGCAAAUCUGGCUGCGGUACAGAACAUGAGAGAAAGAGGCCGCAGACAGUGGGUAGGGGGAGAGUCCAUCAAACCGUGUUUCAGGUCUUUGGAGUAUCCUAAAGGAAGAUACAGCUCUUUCAGACCCAUUCCAGACCAUCCAUGAUGCCCCAGCUCACAUGCCAGAAGGAUAAAGACCACACAGCCCCUUCCCCUCAUUUCCAGCUUAUUAAAAUUUCUGAUCAUUUUAGGACCGUAAAAAAUUCUGUAUGAUAUUAUAACAAUGAAUAUAAGUCAUUAUACAUUUGACCAAACCCAGAGAAUGUACAACAUCAAGAAUGAACCCUAAGGUCAACUAUGGACUUUGGGUGAUUAUGCUGUGUCAAUAUAGGUUCAUCCUUGGUUUAAAAAAAAAAAAAAAAAAAAGUACCAUUCUGGUGAGUGAUGCUGAUAAUGGGAAAGGCUAUGCAUGGGUGUGUGGGCGUAGGGAGUAUUUGAGGAAUCUCUGUACCUCCCUCUCAAUUUUGUUGUAAACCUAAAACUGCUCUAAAAAAAAACUUAUAAGAAGAGUAUAUAGGAAGAAAAAGUCCAAUCCACUCAGCAUUAUUUAUGUCUAGAAUCGACGGAGCCAGGCUCAGUCUCUGACGCUUAGAGUCGGGGAGGCCAAGCGCUUUCCAAAACCUCCAAAAAGCUGUUACCCUGAUGCUUGCUGAGUAUCCUUGACCCACCUUUGAGGCUAGCAGCCUUUCUUCCAUUCAAGAUCUCAGAACUUGAAUCAUCUCUGUGGAAUUCUUAA